AUGUACCAGUUGGACGGAUUUGGUGUGAUACGGUGCCCAGUAUGCCGCCAAGAAUGCAGACAGAUAGACCUUGUGGAUAAUUAUUUUGUGAAAGAUACAUCUGAAGCUCCUAGCAGUUCUGAUGAGAAAUCAGAACAGGUCUGCACUAGUUGUGAAGACAAUGCAAGUGCAGUUGGCUUUUGUGUAGAAUGUGGGGAGUGGCUGUGUAAGACAUGUAUUGAAGCACAUCAAAGAGUGAAAUUCACUAAAGAUCACUUGAUCAGGAAGAAAGAAGAUGUCUCAGAGUCUGUUGGAGCAUCUGGUCAGCGCCCUGUUUUCUGCCCUGUACACAAACAAGAACAGUUGAAACUUUUCUGUGAAACAUGUGACAGAUUGACAUGUAGAGACUGUCAGCUAUUGGAACACAAAGAACAUAGGUACCAGUUUUUGGAAGAAGCUUUUCAAAACCAGAAAGGUGCAAUUGAGAAUCUACUAGCUAAGCUUCUUGAGAAGAAGAAUUACGUUCAUUUUGCAGCUACUCAGGUGCAGAAUAGGAUAAAAGAAGUAAAUGAGACUAACAAACGAGUAGAACAGGAAAUAAAAGUGGCCAUUUUCACCCUUAUCAAUGAAAUUAAUAAGAAAGGAAAAUCUCUCUUACAGCAGCUAGAGACUGUUACAAAAGAAAGACAGAUGAAGUUAAUACAGCAGCAGAAUGACAUCACAGGCCUCUCGCGGCAGGUGAAGCAUGUGAUGAACUUUACAAACUGGGCAAUUGCGAGUGGCAGCAGCACAGCCCUCCUGUACAGCAAGCGGCUGAUUACUUUUCAGUUGCGCCAUAUUUUGAAAGCUCGUUGUGAUCCCGUCCCUGCUGCUAAUGGAGCAAUACGUUUUCAUUGUGAUCCCACCUUCUGGGCAAAGAAUGUAGUCAAUUUAGGUAAUCUAGUAAUAGAGAGUAAACCAGCUCCUGGGUAUACUCCUAAUGUUGUAGUUGGGCAAGUUCCUCCAGGGACAAACCACAUUAGUAAAACUCCUGGACAGAUUAACUUAGCACAACUUCGACUCCAACACAUGCAACAACAAGUGUAUGCACAGAAGCAUCAGCAGUUGCAACAGAUGAGGAUACAGCAACCACCUGCCCCUGUAUCAACAACAACAACAACAACACAACAGCACCCACGACAAGCAGCUCCUCAGAUGUUACAACAACAGCCUCCAAGACUGAUCAGUGUGCAAACAAUGCAAAGAAACAACAUGAACUGUGGAGCUUUCCAAGCCCAUCAGAUGAGAUUGGCUCAGAAUGCUGCCCGAAUACCAGGGAUACCCAGGCACAGCGGCCCUCAAUAUUCCAUGAUGCAGCCACACCUCCAAAGACAACACUCAAACCCAGGACAUGCUGGACCCUUUCCUGUUGUGUCAGUGCACAACACCACAAUCAAUCCAACCAGCCCUACUACCGCUACUAUGGCAAGUGCAAAUCGAGGUCCCACCAGCCCAUCUGUUACAGCAAUAGAGUUAAUCCCCUCAGUUACCAACCCAGAAAACCUUCCAUCACUACCAGAUAUUCCACCCAUACAGUUGGAAGAUGCUGGUUCAAGUAGUUUAGAUAAUCUACUAAGUAGAUACAUCUCAGGCAGCCACCUACCCCCACAGCCUACAAGUACCAUGAAUCCCUCUCCAGGUCCCUCUGCCCUAUCUCCAGGAUCAUCAGGUUUAUCCAAUUCUCACACCCCUGUGAGACCCCCUAGUACAUCUAGUACUGGCAGCAGAGGCAGCUGUGGGUCAUCAGGAAGAACUGCUGAGAAGACAAGUCUUAGUUUCAAGUCUGAUCAAGUGAAGGUCAAGCAAGAACCUGGGACUGAAGAUGAAAUAUGUAGCUUUUCAGGAGCCGUGAAGCAAGAGAAGACAGAGGAUGGCAGGAGGAGUGCCUGCAUGUUGAGCAGUCCUGAGAGUAGUUUGACACCACCUCUCUCAACCAACCUGCAUCUAGAGAGUGAGUUGGAUGCAUUACCAGGAGUGGAAAACCAUGUGAAAACUGAGCCUACAGAUACGAAUGAGAGCUGCAAACAGUCAGGGCUCAGCAGCCUUGUUAAUGGAAAGUCUUCAAUUCGAAGCCUCAUGCACAGGUCGGCAAGGAUGGGAGGAGAUGGCAACAGCAAAGAUGAUGACCCAAAUGAAGAUUGGUGUGCUGUCUGCCAAAAUGGAGGGGAUCUCUUGUGCUGUGAAAAAUGUCCAAAGGUCUUUCAUCUAACUUGUCAUGUUCCAACACUUCUUAGCUUUCCAAGUGGGGACUGGAUAUGCACAUUUUGCAGAGAUAUUGGGAAACCAGAAGUUGAAUAUGAUUGCGACAAUUUGCAACAUAGUAAGAAGGGGAAAACUGCACAGGGAUUAAGCCCUGUGGACCAAAGGAAAUGUGAACGUCUUCUGCUUUACCUCUAUUGUCAUGAGUUAAGUAUUGAAUUCCAGGAGCCAGUUCCUGCUUCGAUACCAAACUACUAUAAAAUUAUAAAGAAACCAAUGGAUUUAUCUACCGUGAAAAAGAAGCUGCAGAAAAAACAUUCCCAACACUACCAAGUCCCAGAUGACUUUGUGGCUGACGUCCGUUUGAUCUUCAAGAACUGUGAAAGGUUUAAUGAAAUGAUGAGAGUUGUUCAAGUUUAUGCAGAAACACAAGAGAUUAAUUUGAAGGCUGAUUCAGAAGUAGCUCAGGCAGGGAAAGCAGUUGCGUUGUACUUUGAAGAUAAACUCACAGAGAUCUACUCAGACAGGACCUUCGCACCUUUGCCAGAGUUUGAGCAGGAAGAGGAUGACGGUGAGGUAACUGAGGACUCUGAUGAAGACUUUAUACAGCCCCGCAGAAAACGCCUAAAGUCAGACGACAGACCAAUACAUAUAAAGUAAAAAGACACGAACUUAAACCAAUUGUUUAAAAAGAGAGCGAAAACACUUUUAAGUGUAGCUGGAAAAUUCUGCCUACAGUGGGGGCACCACCUUGAAGAAACUGAUAGCUUUUACACAGUAUUAGAUUGAAACAAUGGACAGAAACCACAUUCUUGUCAAGAAGGGGAGACAACUCUGCACCAUUAAAAGUAAAAAUAAAAAUAAAAGUGAAAUACUUUGAAGAUUUCUGUUACUGAAGAGUUUUGACUGUUAGAAUCGGCAGAUGUUGAUUAUGUGGUAUUGAUUGGUGCAGGAUGCUGGAUGUAUAAAUAAAUACUUGCGGGUCAUGUCACUUGAUAAAUUGUCUCUGUGGACCACAGCGUACAGCUAUUAAACAAUUCUGAUGCCUCUCCCUCCACACAUACACACUGGCUUGUUUUCUAGUUAAAGUUGACAUUUUUGAUGUCAAUACAGAUGUGCAUUAAAUCAUACACUUACAUUUUUUCUCAUUUUGAUGCUGUUGGGCCUUAGUUUUUAUAUUGGUUUAAAGAACUCAACAGUUUUAUUUUUUUGUUCAUACUUGGAGUCUAGGGAACAUGACCAUUGAUCAUUAUUUAAUCAACUUUAAUCGUCUACUGAAAUAAAUAUGGUAACUUUUCAGUAGGAGAUCAUGUAAUUAUAGUAAUCAUUCCCAGAAAACACGUCCACAAAUUGCAUCUCUCAACCAAAUCAUCGGCUCCUAGUUAUUCCCAUGAAAGGCAGAAUGUUGACUAUUGGCCUCGUUUUUGUGUAUUUAGGUUGGAUUGAGGAGGGGAUAGCUGGCUCUGACCCGUCUUCCUUCCUGUCAGUUUCCGAUAGACCACUAUUGGCAAACGGUAAUCUGUCAGCUACCAAAUGUGUAACAUUUUCUGUAUUUCACUUUGUCUUAUUUGUAAAUAGUGAACUAAAACUUCUGGCAGAUCGGCAACAUUUGCUGAGCCUGUUUUUUAAGCUAAUGUGUAUUCUUACUAAUGUUCCUAUCAAGAAUGGAUUUGUAAUAUAUGCUGUCUAUUUCUAAUGUUCACAUUCAUAUUUUGAGGUUCUAUCUUAUUUUAAUAGAGAACAGACUUCUCAGAAAAUCUUCAGAAGCAGCUUAUUAUUAAAAUAUCAAAAUAUUGAAAUAAACCCGGUGGGGUUAGAUUACUCAUCUGUCCACCAAGUGGGACAUUGCAUGGACUGGGGCCUAAAGGACAGAGAAGAGACUUGUAAGUAAAUCCUGAAAAUGAGCCAAUCCCCACUUGAAUGGUUCCUGGAGUAACCCACCUUUAAUCCUGAUUUCAGCACCGAGGCAGGCACACCACCUUGGCUCUGUCUCAUUUUUCUUCUCUUCAUUUGUGAUGCUCAUGUCCAAGAUGUGUGUCUAGACUGUAUACAGGCUUCUCUUUUGUUGGAUUAAAAAUUUUAGUCCUACUUUUGUAUGGACACAUUAGCAUACAAAGUGACCAAAAUAGAAGACUCUCCAUUAGAUAUUUUCAGAUAUCAGAUUUGUGGCAAAUCGUUUGCCUUUUAAAAAAUCCAGCUGAAGCAGUUCAGACAGGUUACUCAGAAAAAUUAUUUGACACAAUUGUCUAAGAGGUAAAUAUUUUUUAGUGCAUAUUGAAUAAAAUAAAGUGCUUUAAAGAAA